AUGGAUGCAAUAAAUCGGGCUAUGAAGGAACGCCGAUAUCUCCUCAUUGAUGUCUACAAUCCUAGCCUCCCCACGAGCCAUACAUUCAAUCAGAAAGUUUGGUCAAAUAUCAAGGUCGUUAACCUGAUUCUACUGAACUUUGUUUUUACCCAGGUUAUAACUACUUCCGAAGAAGGAUUGGCCUAUCAAAGUGCAUUCCCCGAUUCAAACAACGCUGCACCUCCAACAACACAUUUCGCCCUUUUAAACCCUUUCACUCGUCAAAGAGCAUUCUACUGGAAUGAUCUCAAGGAACCAGAAGAUGUCUUUCAAGCCUUGUCCGCUAUUGUACCAAAUCUUCCUCCUCUAAGGCCCAACGCGAGCCCGAAUACAGAAAAUCCUCCAUCUGUCAACCAAAACGCAUCUACCUCAUCAAAUCAUUCUAUAACGCCACAACAAGUUGGAUUAGCACAUGAAAACACCCCGAUGUCCUCCGCCUCCUCUUCAGUGACACAUAGGCCAACCACCAAAAAGCGUCCUUUAGUUGAUGACGGGGCUGAUGAUAUGGAGAUAAUUAGUCAUUCGUCCAAGCGUCGGGCAACUAAUAUUGAUGAGCGACUGAGUCACUUGUCAAUUACGACUUCUUCCUCAAUAGACGAUCUCUCUUCUUUCAAAGAACCACUCCCAACUGAAUUACCACAGAUUCAAAAUGGCGAUAAUGCAUUCCGAGUGGCUCUACGGUUCCCAUCCGGUGAACGGACAAUUCUUGAGCUUCUUCCAAAUCUGACUUUGGAGUUCUUAUUUUCCUACUUCGAGCGCCAUGGUUUUCCUACCUCAGGGUAUGAUCUCAUCCACUUUUACCCCAAUUUCCGACUCAACGAUCUACCCCGCUCUACUCGUGUCGAUGAAAUUGGAUUGGAAAAAUGGGACACUCUCUAUCUGCAGUACAAGUUUUAG